CUUGCCUCCUCUCGUACAUUGCAAACAUGGCGUCCUCGCAACAUGAAGAAAACAGCAGUAAUGUUGAUAUCUCAACAUCUAGUGUUCAACAGCAAGGAGAGAGAAAACCAGGGGCUAUAUCUUUUGGUUUUAGCAAAACUUUAAGUAAAUUUAAAUCUAGUCGGGAUGAAGCUAUAAACGCAGAUGAGCGAGAUUAUUUAACCGGAGUCGAUGGGAAAGAAUUGCUAAGGUAAGAUAACGUUAGCUAACGCUAGUUAGCUUUCUUCUAACGUUGGUGUCUAAAUACAGUUGCAAUAGGUACAUAUUGUUGCCUAGUUAGUUAAUAACUUUACUAGUCUGUUUUGAAUAAACAUGUUGCUUCCCCUUCGUGUAUUAGCUAGUUAGCUAUGUAUUAGUUACAUUUGUUUGAACCUGGUGCGAUCUUCUUCUACAUGCGGUUUUCUAGCAGACUAGACGCCUUGUUGCGUAUUACUGCCUUUCACAGUUCGGAAAGUGAAUUGCACAUUCUGUUCACAAAAAAAGCGAAAUGGGGUUAAAAAAAAAAUCUUGCACCACCAUCUAACCCUAGAUAUAAACCACUAACCCCAACAAACCCACCACCCCUUCCCACUACUUUGGCCCUAACAGAUCCUACACCAGGCCAUCGGCCUGGGAGGCUGGAGCCACUUCUCUAAACCCCCCCUGUAGUUAUUCUACAAUAAAACCAUCAUCUGGGAUUUAUUUUCUGUCUUUGCAGUACAAUUAAUGACCAUAACAAUAAACACCAACAAGCUUACUACUCACAGGGAUCACCUCAGGCUCCCUCUCCCCACCAUCCUCUACUUUCCUCACUGCCUCAGCAUAUGACAUUUUCUGCACUGCUCUCACCCUGGAAACUUCAACCUGUCUCACUCGCACAGGAUAUUUCUGAUCCCCCACAAUUGAAACACACCACUCUUCCACCAAAAUUACACACUCCUUUGUCCCCUGCCCUCCUGCACACUUCUCACACCUCGGAAUCUCCCUCCUACAUAUUGCUGCAACAUGGCCAUAAACUUGGCACAUGAAACACCGUAGUGGGUUCGGAACAAAAUCUCUCACAGGAUCAUUUAUAUACAGUACCUUAGCAUGACUUUAUCCAGUAAACACUGCAUCAAAACUCAGAAGGACAGACACGGUCUCGCGCUCGCUACCAGGUCUGCGUCUCACCAAAUUCUGUGCAUCACAGACAUCAGGGAUCCUCAACUUCAGUUGAUCCACCUCAAAAAUCAACGCCACCCCAGUUAUCACUCCUUUCAGCGGCGCUUUGCACUGGAGAGCAAAGCAGGACAAAGUACUCAGUUUGUAUUGUGUGGACGUAGAUUUGUACAAUUUGUACCUAGCGCCCUUCUUUCUGCCUCACAUAAUCUCACCAUCCGUCAUUCCUCCCAAUACGAAGGCCCCCUGAUACCCACUCUUUACUCUACUGCCCACCCACCUGGUGUGGUCUGCUGGCUGUUAGCCUUGCAUACUAGCUAGUAAUCUCAUAGCCCAGAUUUAUUGCGUGAGCGCCGGCCAGCUUCUCGAUGUGACGCCUGUCCACGAGAGACUGGGAGUGCAUCCCAAUAAUAAUAUCUCCUUUCUCCUAAAGCGUGUACAAUCGUUCCCUACUUCCCACAAAUUUGGAUUGGUGGAGGCAUGGGCUAGUGGGAAUUUCCACUAUAUUUCUUAGACUAGUCAUUAAAUCAGUGAAGGAAAGUGAACAAGGGCACACACUGGGGGGAAGGAGUGAUAAUUGGGACAUAGCCCUUGUAUAGCUAAUUGUUGUCUAGUUAGUAAAUGCUUUCUACCUCUGUUUGCCUGUCUUAGUACCAAGCCUGUGGAGAAGCCGAAGGAGCUGAUCAUUCCACUCAUCCAAAGGAACCGCUGGUGCAGCAGGCAGGAAAACAGAGCUGGCCUGGUCCAGGGGCAAGGUGAUGGAGGGGGGGCUAAAGCCAAAACGCAACCCCCAUCUCAGGAGCACGACUCAGUGGAAUCACAGGCUGUCAAAGAAAUUAUUGAAGGUUUGUGUUCGUAAGCUUUAGUUACUACUUCAGUGAAAAUAGCCUCACAGAAAUUAUCCUAAUGUUGUGAAUCCACAGUGAAUACUCCGUUAGCACUCUUUCAACAUCACAUCUGUCUUUCAGAAUCCCAGAGGCAGCUUGACCAGUGGAAAAAUGGGGAUCAGGCAGACCCCAACCUCACCAUCCCCCUGCUAAUGCAGAACCAGGCUCCACAGGGGUUUGAGGAUGGAGACCACAUCAAAGUGGACCUGCGACCAGAGUCUGUAAGUAUGGGUCAGAGAAACCUUGUCUGUGACUGCCUGAUUCUUGUUGUCUGGGUCUUACGUCUUUUCUCAUUGGGCUGUAAAGUAACUUCAAUGUGUUUUCACAGCAAAUGUUAUGUGUGAAAUCAAAUUAAGAAAGGCAACUUUUACAGAGGGCGAUUGAAAAUUGGUUCAGUUCAUGAGAGAGAAGUUGAUACAUAAACAGAGAUGGAAAGUUAUGAUAAAGGUGAGUGAAUAAGAGAGAGAUGUAUCAACAAGAGUGUGUGAAAGUCAGAUCAACAGUGUGUACGAUGACAGAUGGAUGUGUACUGACCAGUUUAACUGGGACUGAAGCCAUAGACUGUGUGAAAGUGCUGACCGCAGGAUAUUUACACACUUCAGAUCUGACAGCGUCUUAAGAAUGAGAUGACACUUGCUCGCCCUCCCUCUCCCUAGAGACCAACAGUCAUCUUCCUUUGUGCAUCUCUUCCUCAUCACCCCUCAUCACUGUCAUCGCACAUCUGUCUUGACUGUAGAAAUGAGGAAAGGGCUGAGGAGCUGGCUCAUUCCACCUCCGGGUCACUUUCAUGCUUCUCCCCCCAUUAGAGUGAUCCCAGCUUCACCUAGAGCAGACAGAGCCCACAAUGGAGCUUAGACUGUGCCAGUGGGUGUGUAAAGAGUGAUUUAACAUGUUCUCCCUUUCUGGGACUGCAUCAAGACUGUGAUGUGUGUCUGAUAAGUUGCUGUAUGUUCAGUCAACAGAGGCAGAUUAUGACAGUGUUCCUGUGGAGGCGUACGGGUUAGCCAUGCUGAAGGGGAUGGGCUGGAAGGCAGGAGAGGGAAUUGGACGGACCUUCAAACAGUGAGUAUUUUCUCUCAUGGUCAGUCUUCAAAUAAAAUUGUAUUUGUCACAUGCUUCACAAACAACGGGUGUAGACUAACAGUGAAAUGCUUACUUAUGGGUCCUUUUCUAACAAUGCAAAAAAUAGAAAUAGUUGUUAAUGCCUUUUAGAUCCAGGUUGCUCUGUCUGCUUUAUUUAUAAUGUCAAUAGUGUCCACGCUUAUUGCAUCAGUAUUUCUUUCUCUUUUUAUUUCUCUCUCUAGAGAUGUGAAGCCUAUAGAGCACCAGCUGAGGCCUAAGGGUCUUGGUCUGGGAGCUGAUCGCUCUUCCAUAAGAGACCUGGAGCCCAGCAGGCCCCGGAGGCCCCCCAAGCCAGGCGAUGAGCAGAAGGAGGAGACCCUGGUCCUGGGGCCUGGAGGCCAUGUGCUGGUUGAGUCUGGAGCACACAAGGACCUUUACGGGAAGGUGAGAUAUCUGGCUUUGUGUGUCUGGAGUCUCUGAAACCACAGAAAGCAUUAGCAAUCUCCUGAGAAGAUGACAUUGUGACAUAUCACGGUCUAGUAGGCAAUCUUCUGUGUCAUAGUUGUUGUUCUAAUUUGACUUAUUUAAAAAGAGCAAGACAAUUAGCUUCACUUUGCUAAAAUGUUACUGCCUUUACUUGUGCCUUUGCACAGGGAUUGACUGUUUUGAGUCCCCCUCAUUCUUCUUACACCCCACCUAUUACAAUACCAUUCUUGUGUUACAGAUCGAAGGGGUUGAUCCGGACAAUGCACGAGUAGUGGUCAAGCUCGCAAUUGGUAGCAAGACUGUGACAAUCAGUCAAUAUGCACUGAAACUGGUUGACCGCACAGAAUAUGACAAAAACUGCAAAGACCUCAGUAAGUUUGUCUCCUGACAUCAUGUUAGUUUUGUGAAUGCUCUAUGAAAUUACAUUCAACCUGUUUACAGUAAAAUACUGGACUAAUUGAGCAAACGGACAGGGUGCACAGGGAGUCAUGGAAAUGUUAUUUCCGUCAUUAUUUCCAAUAUUGUCUUCUUCGCAAUAUUGUGAGAUACCCCCUCUCUACAUAAGAUGGAUGGUUCCAGACCAGAAGGGGAAGAAAUGGUCUGUUGUUGAGUGAUGAGCUGAACUCUCUCUAGCUAAUUUACAUUUGAGCCACUGUGUGAAAAGGAGCAAUCUGGCCAUGUCCAUUUCAACCGAAAACAGCCAUGCUGUCACUGCUCCUAUUAUCAGUAAUCAGACAGACCUGUUCCGAAAGUGGAGGGAGGUUCACACAUAAGCAAUGCCAGUCAAAUAAUACUGGUGCUCAUGUGUUUAUGCACAGGCUAAUUUUACUGCUCUUUUGUGGCUUAUGUUAUUGCUGAACAGGUAAAUGUGUAUUAGCACUAUUAUCGAUAAUGCAGAUGAGACUACUUGAUAAUGCUGAUGCAACUGUUUAAUGGAGUCCCCUGUGACUAUCUUUCUACAAAACAGGUCGCCUCAGCAGGGCCCACAAAGAAAAGGAGAAAGAGAAGGAACGGCAGAGACGGGAAGAGAAGGAGAAAGAGAGGAGGAAUGAAGAAGAGGAGCGGAAGAAAGGUAGAUCUUCUGAGAGGGACAGAGAUGGAGGGAAGGACCAGAGAAAAAGGAAACACCGGGAUUCAAGUCAGGACAGGUAGAGUAUCCUGAAGUGUAAUAUUUAUAAUAAAUACAAGAGGAUAACGAAUAUGACUUGGAUUAGUUUGUGUUUAUUUUUGAAUAUAGUACUCCUUCAUAGAAAUACAAAUCUGAAGCAAAUAUUUACUCACACCAUUUCAUUUGUUAAAGGUGCAAUAUGCAGAAAUCGCUCAGCCAUUUCCUGGUUGCUAAAUUCUAAUAGUUUGCCUAAUUUCAGUUUGUUACAAAACAAGCAAUGGAUAGUGUAGAUAAUCAUUGUACCAUCUAAACCGCUUUGAAAUGUAUUUUCAUUAAACCAAAACGAUUGUACUUUCAGCUGUUUGAAACUGGUGUACAAAACCGAAAGUAUGAUGCAAAAACAAAACUUAAGACCGGGAAGCGUAGAAAUGGAGCACAUAGAACAGAUCUACCGCUUCUUAGACUUGCUUUCAAUGAGUGACAGAUAACUCACAUUUCUAUGUGAAUUUGGUCAGGUCGCCCAAAAAGUUACAUAUUGCAGCUUUAAAAAAAUUAUAAAAAGGUGUGGGUAAAUUGCUUCAAAUUGGUAAUGUACUUUUUUCUUGAUCACCAAUCUUCACAUAUCACCUUUUCCUUCUCUCCUCAGAGAGAAGCCCCUGGCAAAGCUACCCCCUGCUUCCCCCCCCUGGCUCCAGAGAGACCUGAAAGUUCGCUUUGUAGAUAAAGCUUUCAAAGGGGGAAGAUACUACAAUUCAAAGGUACUAACACAAGGGGCACUAGUACACAAAUCAUUGCAACUCAUUGCCUAUUGAAACUUUACAGCCCACAACAGUUCUGUUGUUGAUCAUUAGAAUCAGUUUAAUGAAUAUCCGAUGUUUGUUUCUUGUAGAUGCGAAUAGAGGAUGUCUUGACGCCAAACAUCUGUGUGUGUCGUACUGAGGAAGGCAGAUUCUUAGAUGGUGAGUUCAUGAGAGCCUUCUGUUUACUGCUGAAUUACCUUCUACUCACUCCAACCCAUAUGCUUUUAAAUGGUGUUUCCUCUACUCAUCUUUUUUUUUAAACUCAAUGAUGCCCUUGUCUUUAUGAUAACGUAGAUGUUAAACAGACAAUGCUAGAGACCAUUGUGCCAAAGAGUGACUCGGAGGACAUCAUGGUUGUACUCGGUGAACACAGAGGGCAGGUGAGUGGAUGGGUUGGCUGGCUCAUCGUUAUCAUUUUGCCUGUAAAAUAUCCAUGCGGAUUUCUGUUACAUGGCUUUCAUUACUGAUUGGGUUGAAGGGCUACAAAAUUGGGAAUGUUUAAGUCAUUUUUUUAAAGGGUCCGUUGUCAAUUACAUGGUGUUUCAGGUGGGCCGUAUCCUCCAGAGGGACAGAGACAGGAGCAGAGCCAUGGUGCAGCUGGACAGAUAUGAGGAGAAAAUCUUCACCCUGGACUAUGACUCCAUCUGCCAUUAUGUAGGAGGGGGAGAUCACUGACCCCAACUGGUCUUACCAGCUCAACCAGUGAUGUAGUGGUAAAAAAAAAGGUGGGUGAAGAAAGUAACGCUCCCUAUACUUUCAAUGCAUUUUCCCACGUUAAGUGGGUAAACGCUCGAGCAAAAUAAGUGUGUAAACGGUGUUUACCCUCCACUACAACACUGUCAACAUGCCCCAACGUCCUCUUAGUGGAUAUGUAAUGUCGUCUACAUUUAA